GAGCGUUCCGCCGUGAUACCAGGAGACUUUGCUCGGCUCAUACAGACAGCGGCCGGUGGUGGUGGAGGCCGUAGGUUAUUUGGAGAGCGAUGCGCUGGUUAACGUUCAGUCUCACGGCGGUGCCCAGGUCGCUACCUGCUCUCCUCUCCGUCCAACCCUGGACUCUGGCUCGCACGCCGCCUUCAAAAAUGGCGUCACAGAGCCAUUGGUUAACGCCAGAAGAAAGAGAGCAACUUCUACCAGAACUAAAAGCCGCCGGAUGGGAAGAUGUAGAGGACAGAGAUGCACUGUUUAAAGAAUUUUCAUUUGUGAAUUUUAACCAGGUACAGUGCUCAGUAAUCAAGGCCUUUGGGUUCAUGACGCGUGUGGCUUUGCAAGCAGAGAAAAUGAAUCAUCACCCAGAAUGGUUCAAUGUGUACCACAAGGUUCAGAUCACUCUCCUGACCCAUGACUGCCGUGGUCUCUCCAAAAAAGAUAUUAAGCUGGCAAAAUUCAUCGAACAAGCUGCUGCUUCUCCCAAUUAGUUGUUUUUCUGCCUUUUUUCCUUCCAGGGGGGAAACAGCGAGGGGGGUUUGCAUAAAAUAUACCUUUGAAGGAAUUUAAGCUCACGGUGAAAUUGGGAAGAAUAAUGGAACGUGUAAUCCCAUUUUUAAAUUCCUUCAAAAAUGAAGGUCAUGGCUGCUGUGAAUAGUAAUGCAGUGAAUAGUAAGUUGUGUGAAACUGUAAUCUCAAUGGUUCAGCGGUACUUGAUUGCCAUGUACCGAGAUGCGGUGAAAUUCUUGGUUAUAAGUACAUUUCAAUAAAAUCCUACCAUACAUGUACACAAUCAUACUUAAGCUCAGGAGUGUAAGAAUAGAAGAUUACAUUGAGGCAGUACACAAAGGAACAGUGGCGCAGCGGUCGAGUUGCUGCCUUACAAUGCCAGAGUCCCUGGUUCGAUCCCGACUACGGGUGCUGUCUGUACGGAGUUUUUACGUUCUCCCUGUGACCGUGUGGGUUUUCUUCGGGAUCUCCGGUUUCCUCCCACACUCCAAAGACGUACAGGUUUGUAGGUUGAUUGGCUUGGUAUAAUAUGUAAAUUGUCCCAAGUGUGUGUAGGAUAGUGUUAAUGUGCGGGGAUCGCUGGUCGGCGCGGGCUCGGUGGGCCGAAGGGCCUGUUUCCGCGCUGUGUCUCUAAAGUAAAGUAAACUAAACUAAAGAGUCGCCACAUUUCCGGCGCCAUCUUGUAUCCUGAAGUUUCAAUGUUUUUAAAAAUAUAGAGUCUUAAGUUGGCCUUACAGGCCCAUUAUAGAAACAUAUAAAACAUAGAAAAUAGGUGCAGGAGUAGGCCAUUCGGCCCUUCGAGCCUGCACCACCAUUCAAUAUGAUCAUGGCUGAUCAUCCAACUCAGUAUCCUGUACCUGCCUUCUCUCCAUACCCCGAGAUCCCUUUAGCCAUAAGGGCCACAUCUAACUCCCUCUUAAAUAUAGCCAAUGAACUGGCCUCAACUACCUUCUGUGGCAGAGAAUUCCAGAGAUUCACCACUCUCUGUGUGAAAAAUGUUUUUAUCCUGGCAAUGGCACUGGGCUGGAGUUGCUGAUCACGGGAAUUAUUUUUUUAAUGAAUGUACAAAUUGAAAGCAGGAAUGUAAAUGCAUUAGACUUGUAUCUGAAAUGCUGUUGAGGGGGUAUUUGUGUAUUAUUAAAAUAUUAAAUGUUUGAAACAC